GUGACAUGGCACUGACUGAUGGCACAGCAACCUCAGACAUGGCAGCAACUGAUGGCACAGACACCACCGACAUGGCAGCCAUUGAUUGCGCAGCCAACUCUGACACGGCACCGGUUGAUGGCACUGACACCUCUGACCAGACACCGGUUAACGGCACAGCAAACUCGGACAUGGCACCUCUCGAGGGCACAGCCACCUCUGACACGGCACUGACGGAUGGCACAGCAACUUCUGACACGGCACUGACCGACGCCAAGACAAGCUCUGACACGGCACCUACUGAUGUCAGGGCCAAGGCUGACGCCACAACUGAGAGCACCGCAGACACUGACUGCAUGUCCAUGCACAGUGUCACUGAUGCUCCCAGGCUGGACAUUUUGGAGGAGAAAACUGUCUCCAAUGCAGAUGAAGUGCCGGCCAUUGUCAGAUCCAUCCACCAGUGGCUCACGUGCCAGGAGUCUCCAGAGGUCAGGCCGCCCAUUGCCAUCCGCAGGCUGGCCCACGCACACCCUGGGCACGUGGUGACAACUCUCCUGCACUGUGCCCCAGCGUGUGACAGAGCUGCUGCAAUCCUGUGGAGGACCAUCGCCUCCUCGGCCACCACAGCGCACAAGGUGCUGCCAACGCUGCUCAAGGUGAUGGAGGACUGGCCACUGCACAGCGUGUCCACCUCCAGCGGGGACCACGUGGACGUCUUUGCCCUGGCUGCAACCCUGGCCCUGUGGCUGAUGGUCCAGGAGCCCCAGUGCCAAGAUGCACUCUUGGUUUAUGCCCCUCUUCUCCUCCUGGCUCUGCUCUGCCAAGCUUCUAUGAGCACAGAGCAGAUGCCACAGGAGGUCAGCACCUUCUGGAGGGGAUGCCAGGAGCAACACGGCCUUCCCACCCACCCCAACAGCUUUGUGGUGCAGACCAUCCGGGUCCUGCUCUGCCGGCUGCAGCGGGACCAGGUGCUGGUGUCAGUGGAGCGCAAGCGUGGCUGGGACGCGCUCCUCUCUGCUGACACCCACCACUACGCGGUGGGGCUGCUGGCCAGGGAGAUGCGCUGCGUGUUGGGCCCCUCCUAUGGCCUGCUG